CGCAGCCGCCCGGGUCCCAGGCGAGGGCGCUGGGGCUGAAUCACCGGGAUGCUCAGGGCUCUCGACCUGCGGCUCGGGGAGGCGCGGGCGGCCACUCAGGCCAAGCCACUCACCUCCUUCCUCAUCCAAGACAUCUUGCGGGACGGCGGGGAGCGGCGCGGCGGCCACAGGGGCAGCCCGCAGCCCCGGCCCCCACCGCAGCCUCCGCGCCAGCCGGCCCCCAGGCAGCACCCAGAGCCAGAGCCAGGAGAGGGAAGAGGUGGCGCCGGGGCGCAGGAGGACGAGCCGAGUGCCCGGCCCUGCGCCGCGCCGCCGGUGAAGGCCGAACCGCCGGCGGAGACCGAGUCAGAUAGGCACUUGGAGACGUAUCUGGUGGACUGUGAAAACACUUCAGGAGCCUUGCCAAGCCUUCCCCAAACCCCCAAGCAGCCACAGAAGCGCUCCCGCGCUGCCUUCUCCCACUCUCAGGUCAUUGAGUUAGAGAAGAAGUUCAGCCACCAGAAGUACCUGUCAGCCCCUGAAAGGGCACACCUGGCCAAGAACCUCAAGCUCACCGAGACCCAAGUGAAAAUAUGGUUCCAGAACAGACGCUAUAAGACCAAGCGGAAGCAGCUUACCUCGGACCUGGGCAGCCUGGAGAAACACUCCUCCUUGCCAGCCCUGAAAGAGGAGGGUUUCUCCCCAGCCUCCCUCCUCUGCAUGUACAACAGCUAUCCUCACUACCCUUACCUAUACUGCUUGGGAGGCUGGAGCCCAGCUUUCUGGUAACACCAGCUCAGACAACAACCAUGCGUGAUCAGAAACUGCCUUUCCCAGGUUGUCUCCCUGGAAGGCAAAAGGGGCCAGGCAGGGUCAGGGAGGAUUGGGGAGCAAGAGGCAUGCAGACCAAAACUGCAUGGUUUGCAUGGAAAUUCCAGGUUCUUCAUUGGUGGGCCAGUGAAAGAUCUGGGCUGGUGAAUAAUUUAAUAUCUAAAUAGUUUCCCUAACACAUAACGUAGGUCGUUUUUGCUUUUAGAGACCUGCUUGAAGUGGGGAAGGAUAAAGUCAAGUGCUGUUUACAGCACUGUGUAUGAUUUUAUAUGAGCUAUCCACAUUGUUUCUGAGGAUUCCGUUCCCAGAACUCCAUUCUCUGGUGUAACUGAGCACUGACACUAAAGGAGCAAACCUGAGGGAGAAGGGACAGCCAAGAUGAGGAUGUCACCUACUGAAUUAGACUUAAUGUCAAAAGCCUUGUUGGCCUUGGAAUAUGACCACGUUUUCUCUCUGUCCCUGUAAGAGAGAAGGAAAUAGAGGAUGUCGCCGAGAAAACCGUCUUACUCAGUGGACCUUGGCUUGGGCUAUGGAGAUGGGUAGGAGGAAAUGAAAAUAUAAGCUUCUUCUUAUUUCUUUUUUAAGAGUACACCAACCUGAGUAUUUACAUGGUGGCCCAAGUAGAAGAAGAAGCAGUCACUGUGGGUUUAAGACAAGCUGUGUAAACAGAACUCCACUGUAAGAAGUGGCCCAAGACAGAAGAAUCUCCAUGUGUCAAAGACAGUGGCCAAAGGACAAGUCUCCCACUGCUGCAGGGAGCAUUAUAAUUUUAUUAGCAAAAGGUAAAAAAGCCUCUCCUGGACCUUUUUGCCCUGGGCCUGAGAAUUCAGAAUGAGAAGGUUUCUGGAGUUUUUAGGCUACGUCUCAUACCACAUCAUGACAGAUCACAUAAUUCUUUACUCUGGGCGCUUUCCUUCCCUCCUUUUAGUUUUCGUUCCUUUUCCACAGCAAUCACCCACUGAAGGGCUUCUUUUCAGUCCAGACUUUUAGUCUGGCUGCACUUCACAUAUGCCUUCCUUAUUUAGCCUGAGAUCUGGUCUACUUUUUUCCCCAAAAAACUUUAUCUUUCCUGGGUUACAAGGGGAGGGGGCAGAGUCUGAAUUGGCUUAAAGACAUGCAUUUUUUGGUAGCUAACAAUUCUUCUUUCCUUUAAAAAUAUACAGCAUUAAAUCCCAAACCCUAUUUAAAGAUUUGAGAUAGCUCUAGAGGGUCACGGCUGCUUUUAUAGGACUUCUGGUGACUGUUGUUACAGUUCAAAGUCUUGACAACCCUUGGGGACCCCUGCAGUCAGAGGAGGUAAGAGUUAUGGCUUUCACACACAAGGAAGAACUCCAAAAUGCAGGGUUGGCACCACUGAGAUGUUUAGUGGAAAUCGAGGGCUCCUGGGCAGGUGUGUAAGGAAAGGUGACCUGGGCCUUAAAGAGCCCAGUCCCCUGAUCAAGCUGACAGGGCUGAGAGCACUUUGCAGGGAGAGGCUAAGAAAAAAAGUUUUCAAAACACAUUACUGUGGCUUCCAUCACUAAAUUACAACAGCAAAAAAACCUGUCCAAAUGCUUUGGGAACGGUAUUUAAUGCUUGUUAAAAAAACAUAGGUUCCCAAAAUGAGUCACCUUGUGACUUCAGAGGGAAUGAGAAGAGGGCAAAGGAGAAAUGUGGCCAUCCUUCUGUUUUCAUGCUAUUAUCUCAGGUGACCUGGUAGAGGGAGAUAUCGGAAUAAAAAAGCCGGUACUAAUGAAGUACCCCGAGACCUGGAAAUCUCUUGAUCCCACCACUUAAUUCUGUUCAGUAAGGAACCUUUCAAUUUCCCCCCAUUAAGAGAGCCAAUUUACUGUUGGUGGCAAAACUGCCAAAGGUGAGAGAAAGUUGGCCCAGUGCACCCCAGUUUCUAUCAGUCUCCUUUUCACAUGUCUCGUAAGCUAGGCAUUCAGUGCUCACUCCCUGUCUCUCCUCACCCUCGGAAUUUAAUUCUUCCAACCUGCAAUUCUGCAAGUAUUAAACAUUUUUCUGUGAUGUAUAUUGUGUUGCAAAAAAAAAAAAUCUUCGUUUUAAAACUAUUUGGUCUGUGAAUUCUUCAUGCUUUCCCCCCGUUGGAACUCGUCACUCAGCCAUAUCUGAACUGGUAGAACAACAUUUGAAGAACUAGUAUGUUGGUAUCUGACAGGCGUAACUGGGGGUGGGGGGGGUGCCCCCGACCAUUUCAUCCAGAUGGCCUGUUUCUAAGCUGUUUAAUAAAUUAGUUUGGGUUCUCCACGUGCAUAACAAACCCUGCUCCGAUUUGUAACCAAACGGCCUGUGACUUGAGAUUUAAUAAAGUACCCUCACCAAACUUUAUUUUUCUAUGUAU